GAGUCUGGACUUGAGCAAGUUCUGCAUUGGGCAGAAGGAGGAGCAGCAGCAGCCCAUGUACGACCUGUAUGCGGUAAUCAAUCACUACGGCGGGAUGAUUGGCGGGCACUACACGGCCUACGCCCGGCUGCCCAGCGACAAGAACAGCCAGCGCAGCGACGUGGGCUGGCGGCUCUUCGACGACAGCACGGUGACCACCGUGGACGAGAGCCAGGUGGUGACGAGAUACGCGUACGUCCUCUUCUACCGCCGGCGGAACUCUCCCGUGGAGAGACCCCCGCAGGGGCGCCCCCCGGAGCACCGGCCAGACAUGGCCGCCGCCGCCGAGCCGCCCGCCAGCCAGGCUUCUCUGAUCUGGCAGGAACUGGAGGCCGAAGAGGAGCCCGAGGCUGGCAGGAGGCAUGCCAGGACUCCCUGCCGGCGCCGCGGCCAGACGGCGAGCCAGGCCGCCCGGCAGCACCCUGACGAAGGCUGCCUCCGCUACGUUGUGCUGGGCACCAUGGCCGCCAUUAUGGCACUCUUCCUCAAUGUCUUCUACCCCCUCGUCUCCCAGAGCCGCUGGAGAUAGGCGCUGGCAGGGCAGCGGCUAGCCCAGCCCUGCACGGUUCCAGCCGCCCUGGUGAGGGCUGCUCUGUGCCCAGGGCAUUGGGACACCUCGCCAGGGAGGUGCUGGAGUGACCAGGCCUGCUCGCGACCAUGGAGCCCUCGCCGGGCAGCCUUCCUUGCAGGAUCCCGCUCUGCAGCAUGCUCGGCCCGGCUCCUGGGGAGCGGGGACUCUCCAGG